AUGUUUCCAUACGGAGCCGCGCCUGAGGAGUCUACCGUGCGCCCAUUGGCGGAUGAGGACCAACAGUUACUCCUCGGGCUUGUUCACAAGUAUGGAGCUUCAAGUGUUUUGUAUGCCUUGACCGGCUAUGGAGAACCAUCUCGUGCGUCUGCGUUCUCUGCAAAUACACUUAUGAGCAGCGCGAGCGCGUCUUCAAUAGCCUGGACUAACUCAGAGGCGGCCUCACAAUGCCGAUCAGAUGAAGCCUCCAUUCACACUUCAUAUACUUGGCCCGAUGUUCAGAACGACAUUCAACCAGUGCAUGAUGCAGAGGCUAACAAAGGGACUGAGCGAUCAUGGCUCGACUCGCCUGUGGCAGUUCCGUCUCCGAUGAUUCAGCCCCACGACGUUACAUCACACCCAUCUCCGCGAUUAGUGACACCAACCUCCAAAAAGUACCAGUGUCCCAUGUGUUAUUUGGAUAACAGCCCCGUCGGAUUUGGCCGAAAGAGCGACUUCAAGAAGCACCUCCACAACUUCCAUGGAGCCGACGUUGUCUGGAUUUGCCGAACCAAAGGAUGCCAUCUAUCCUUCUCAACUGAGCGUGCUUAUGGUACUCACGCCAAAGAAGCUCACAGAAUGAAGGCUCUGCCCAACAGCGCUGCUCGCACGGAAAUGUGCCCGCAACUUGUCUUCGCCUGUGGCUUUGGCAGCUGUCGCGACCGGUUAUUCGAAGCCCAUAACGCGGAAGACGCCUCGGCAACACGCGACAAGCAUUUCGAACAUAUUGCCAAGCACUUUGAAGAUGGAUUCGAUGUUGCCAAUUGGGAAUACCGAGUCCAGGUGCAAAAUUUGAUGCGCCAGAAGCAAGUGAAGCAGGUUUGGAAGACAUGCGUAUGGCCCAAGGAAAAACGACAGCAGCUCCACUGGCGAGCCAGAUCUUCUGGCGACUUGAAGCGCAUACUCGAGUGUCGCCACUUGGGGACCAAUAUCUCCAGCUUGGUCAGACUGGCUUUCAUCCUCGGCACUCCCCCGUUCACAACUAACACUACUCCACCGCCGAACGAGAUCGAUGCCUACUUUCAACUUCCGUACAGGAGCCAAUGCUUACUAGAGACAUCCGGGCACUCGACCUUGCCAAGCACCGCUUCAAAACUUGAAGAGGACUCGCCUACGCUCAGCGUCCCCAAGAGCCGCUCAGGCAUCUCGAGUAUUCCUCAAACUAUGCUCAAGCUCUCUACCCGCUCACUGAAACGGGGUACGCGACCCUCAACGCCUGCAAGUGUUAUGAGCAAUGGCGGCGAUACAAUCAUGGGUGACGACCUAGCGGCUGGCCCGCACCCUGGAACUCCGUUCCCUAUCCCCAACGAGACUGUGUGGCCGGCGGACGCUCCCAAGUUUGCUCCGGAUAUCCCGACCUCCAUGCCAAAGCAGGCCGAUACACCGCUCUUUGAUCCUCAGCAGCUACAGCACCCGCAGCACCCGCAGCAGCAGCUGAUGUAUACCAUGCCGCCGCAGGAUCCUUCACAGCAAGCAUGGAUGGCCAUGGACCAGCAUAUUCCGGCGUUUCAAACACAACAUCAGAUUUUCCCAGAGCAACCAGAAAUGAUGAAUGGACUGUACGACUAUUCGAUGAACACGAGCCAAGCUUCUACCAUGCGGCCAGCAACACCAACACCUCAUAAACGACCAGCAUCGUGGAGCCGAAUGAUCAGCAUGGAGAACCUGCGACCAGCCAAGAAAUCGACACCUGAUACACCACCGCCUGGUAUGAUAAUGGGCAUGUGA